GCAUUUGAGUAUUGAGGCAAAUACUUUUGUUUCGAUAAGAGCUUCUAGAUAAAACUCUCAAAUGUGUAAAGGCAAUACUUGUAGCCAAUAUUUGAAUUCACUGUUAUCCUCUAAAGGAUUAGUCACUGCACUUCUAAAAAAACAUGAAUCAGAGCUGAUAUAAUGAAGAAUCACCCUCAUUGAGUCACUGGUACUUCGUCAUCAACGGUCUCUAAUAACCGAUACUUUUUUGAAUCAAUGGCUAGUAAAUCAUUUAGUCUGUAUACACACUACGAGGAAGGUUCCAUUCACCUCAGUUCGGUUUGAGAAUUGCCAACAGAAGAAAGUAACUCAGCUGUGGAGUCCAUGCCCAGAGUUUUAAUUCGCAAAGUACCUGCGCCAUGGAGUACCACCGCGCAUCGUAAAUUGUUUGGGAACAUGGGAAUGUUGUUGGCCAGUGCGCUGUGAGACCGGGGCAGUGAUUUACUGAGUACUGGUCGCUGCACUAGAGAAGACUGCAAAUACCUGCAUCCGCCGCCGCACCUCAAAACGCAACUCGAGAUUAACGGCAAGCACAGCAUCGCAGCCCAGAAGAUGCUGCAAAACUUUCACAACCAGCAGCUGCAGUUGCAAGCGGCAGCUGCAGCCAGCAUGCAGUUACAUCAGCCUGGUGCCACUAUCUUGCCGUCACACCAAGCGUUGUCAAACUCACUGGAGUUGGUUGGGGGUUGUCCGUCAUACCCGUACGACAUGGGACGCUACAACGCCAGCUGCACUAGAUGCCUACAGUCAGAGGCGCCGUCCCCUGGUUUGAGUACAUCACCAGCCCACAGUACAUCACCCGCUGUGUCAGAAUCUUCCUUCUACAGUACCUACUUGUAUCCCAUGCCUGUCUCCAUGCCGCCGGCAAACCAAGUGCCAAAUCACAUCAACAUGUACUCCCAGUACCUGACGCCAACGAAUGCAGUAGCCCCUAAUCAACUGCAGGAUUUCCCCGCACCGGGACAGUUUAUGACACCAAACGGUGCAGUUAUACCUUUUGUACAGCCUCGCCCAAAGAAUGACAAACUUGAAGUCUGUCGAGAGUUCCAGAGGGGCAAUUGCUCCCGGGCAGAGUGCAAGUUUGCCCACCCAGCAGAGGGUGCUGCCAUCGAUCAGCUAGACAACACUGUUACCGUCUGCAUGGAUUAUAUCAAGGGGCGGUGCAGUCGAGACAAAUGCAAAUAUUUCCACCCGCCUGCUCACCUACAGACCAAAAUUAAGGCUGCCCAACACCAAGCCAACCAAGCUAGCGUAGCCGCAGUGCUUCAGACCACGCCUGAAACAAUCAGCAAGAAACGAGCCAGGGAGCCUGCAGAUGACAUCAUUCUGAACGCUGCCUUGCCAGGACUCUUACCGCCAGCCAAGAAGGGUGUGGCAGCUGGAUCACACGUAGCACAUCAUCAAGGCAUGUUUCAACAUCAUCCAGCAAUGUAUCAACAAGCCCUGGCGUCCAUGCAAAUGAAUAGUCAACCCUCGCAUUAUAUACCACCGCCAAAAGUGUCAAAGAGCUGGCAUUACCAAGGCGCAGGGAGCUGGGUUUCUCUACCCGCUCAAACAUUACCGAAAGCAGCUCAAGAAGAAGUGUCAGUGAACUGGCAUUACCAAGGCGCAGGGAGCUGGGUAGCUGUACCCGCACAAACUUGGCCGAAAGCAGCCCCCGAAGUUCCCAUGAUGCCAACUGUGCCUCCGGGUGCCACAGCAGCAACCAUGCCUUUCUACACGCACCACCAAGUAAUGGCUCACCAGCAUUCGGCUGAUACGAUUCCUGUGUGUCGAGAUUUUAAAUCUGGAAGCUGUAAGAGGCCCAACUGCCGAUAUGCACAUGUGAUGGAAGACCAAGUAGAGAUCGUUGAGGGUAAAGUGACGAUGUGUCGUGAUGCCGUCAAGGGCAAAUGUGCCCGAGCCAAUUGCAAAUACUACCACAACGCCUCCUCUUCUGCAUCCAACACCAAUGCUAGUACCACCGUUGCUGCUCGUGCCACAACGCUGGUGGCUUCAUGUUCCAAUCUGGCUGCUGCAACCAUGGCUGCUGCCCAAUAAAGCAAGGGGAAAUAGUUGAAGCAGCUGAAUAUCUCUGCCUGCCUGCCAUGCCUGUUUGCCUGCACCCCAUUUGUUAUUCCUCCCUUCUCUCUUUAUUUUCUCCGCUGGCGCUAUGCCCCACCCAGCUAGCCCAGCAAAUCAUAUGUGUGGUGAUUUUGACUUUUUUUUUUUUUUUAGUUCACUUCUAUUUUAUCUGUUUUGCUGUCCAAGUUGUCAUUUAAACUGAGAGCAUAUUUCUUUUUGGUUUCGAUGAGUAUUUUGAUUAUCACUGAGUUAUGGCAGAGGUGCUUAUUCUUCUUCUUUAUUUUCCUGGGAUUCAUUGAGACCUAGCUAUUUUACACCACAGAAGACCACAACAUACAUUGAUUAAUGCACACACAUAUAUGUAGAUUACUUACACCUUUGUAGGGCUGCAUGAAUGCAGAAUUAGUUAUCCACAAUAAUCCACACAGUUCAGAUGCAUAGAUUUUUUAUUGCAUGCACAUGUAUAAUUGUUUUAUUAUACUAUUGAGAUUUAAAUAUUAACGCAAGUUUUUAUAUUCAUUAUUGCCCCUGAAUUUGUUACAAAGUGCCAAAAGUGUGACGUCAACAGUUUUUACUUGAACCAUGAGAAAUAAUAUGUAUAUAUAUAUAUAUAAUGAUGGAAUAAGUUUGCUUGUUUUUUUUUUCCUGGUUUUUUUUUCACUCUUUAUUUUUUUGUGAAGCUGUAAAAAAAAUUCACAGGCAUAAUCAAGAAUCUAGUAGCCAAGAAAGUUUACUCGCAGGCCAGGAAUUAGAAAUGGAUUACUCUCAACUUUUGACGGUGCUUGCUUUUUUUCUAUUCAAACUGAAAUACAACUAUUUUUAUAUCGUUAUGUUUUACGCAAAAUCCCAUGAACAUGAACGCAAGUCUGUAUAUUGUGUAUGUGGUUUUUAAUGUAGAUUUCCAGCACAAUUUACUCACUUUCUUAUUAUAACUUUUGACCUUUUGAUUAAGACAUCUGAGCUUUGUGGAUAAUUUUAUGGAUAGUACUUAAGAUCCAUUCUGAAAUCAUAAACUGACUUUCAAUUCAUGGACCAUAACAUUUCUUGUCGAUUUUGUGGGAAGGGGGUGCAGCUAAUCAGAGCAUGUGCACAUGGAAUUCGACAACAGGUCAUCCAGUUUUGAGAUUUGAAAUAUUGUUUUUUUCAUAGUAUGCUUGAUGCAUAGUCUUUUAUUUUUUUCUUCUUGAAUUAAAAUUACUGUAACUCAAAUGGAUUGUGCCAAGAGUUUGCCAGGAACAGCAACAAAUGGCUGGGUUCUUGCCAUAGAGUCAUAGUUUUCAUAAUAAUGCCAAAAAACACAACAUGUUUCUACUUCUUAGCUAAUUUUCAUCACAUCAUUAUGAUUUUAACCUUGUCAAUAAGAAGCCAAACAACUGACAUCAUGUUUGUUUUGAAAAGUGUUGCAUUAUAAAAGAAGGUUUUUGCAAAAAUGGAUGGCGAUGCUUUUGUGAAAUACUGGUUGCCAUCUUCGAUCUAACCAGAGACAAAAUGAACAGAAGCAAAAUCCUUUAUUCAUUUUGUUUGUUUUUUGGUUUUUUUUUCUCAUCCAAAAACAAAUGUGUAGAAGCAAUCUGCCAAAGAUGUGUCAAUGAAGCAUCCAAAAGGUGCCAUCAUAGUUGGCAAAUCCCACGCUAUCUUGCAUAAUGUUGGCAGUCUUUAAAAACAUGAUGUGAGAAUUUGGUCCUCUGGUUUGAGUUGGGAUAAAAGAUGCUCUUCUCUGCUCUUUUUCUUCAAGGCUGAAAUUUUUUGAAGUGGAUUUAUUUUUUAUUAGAGAAGGGGUUCUGGUUAUUGGGGUUAUGAAUGCAUUUAUUACUAGUGGUUGUUUUUUAUCUUCAUAUGUCGCUGCUUUUGCUCUGAAUGAUAAAUUAUGCUCAUUUUGCUUGAAAGCAUGCCAUGGUUACCCUGCUAUAUGCGUUGUCUGCACUAAUGUUUAUCACAUUAGCUAACUCUUGAGGGCGCUCUACAGACCAUUUCUACCAUUGCACCUCAUUCUAUACACACACGCAAAGGUACUGUUUCUAUAUGUGUCAUGGUCAUGCAAGUUUUCAGACUUGACAUUUAUUGGCCUAGAAACAACUCCAUCGAUAAGCUGAUUAAGAUGAAAUAUCUCGGCUGUUGAAAUUGUAUAGCGCCCUCUUGUAAAUUUUAGUUUGUGAUGAACAUUAGCUCCCAUAUUUAUUGGCUUGCUGCUUGUAGGCCGACCAUUAAAAAAACAUCAGAUUCAUGCAAGUUAUUAAACAAAAAAAACAUGAGAAAUAUUAUAUAACUUUUCUUUGUAGAGCAGCAGUGCAGAUCAUCGCUACUGAUAACAAUUCUGCAAAUGUUUGAUUUUUGUCUUUUUUUAAUAUUCUGUUCUGUUGUUGCAUUCUUAAAUGCUGUGCCAAAUGCUUUUUAAUUUUUUGUAGAAAUUGUUGGGGGGUCCUGUAACACGAAGUGAUACCCCGAGAAAAAAAAGUCAGCAAAAAAAAAAAGAGAAAAAAAAGAAAAAAGAAUCGAAAGGCAAAUUGAAAUAGCUGCAUUGCGAGUGAUCUGUUGAUUGUAUUAUGAUUAAUGAUUUAAAGGAAGGUUUGAGAUUGGUUUUUAAAGGAGCCAGUUAUUAAUGUGUUGUGGAUGAACUCUGAGGGUGAGAUAGAAACUGUCUUAAGCAUGUUCAAACCGCUGCUUGAAGCUCGUCUGGCAAGUAUGCUUGACAAAAAUGCUAUAAAUUUUAAGAAAUAAUGGAGCGACGCUCCCUAAAAUAAAGGAAAUAGCAUCUCUCAAUCUAAUUCUCUCAGAUUGAGAUGUGUAUAGUCAUCUCAAUUGAUAGUCAUUUGUAGUUAUAACACAAAUAUGUGUUUAUUCAUACUUAUAUAUGUACUUACAAAUAAGAAACUUUUUUUGUAUAUAACGUGUGAGGUAAGGAUAUUUUUAGACAUUAAUCUUAUCCGGUUUUUGUCAGUUUUCUUGGAUCUAGAUCUUAAGAUCCGUCCUAUUAUGACUGAUUUUAGCAACGUAGUGUCUUUAAACAUCUUGGUGCCAUUCUUUUUUGUUUUUCAAGUCAAAAAAGGAAACAAAAGUGUGUGCCAUUGUUUUUUCAAUUUUAGACAAUUUGUAAACGGUUCAAAGUAAAUAGUUGUGGUAUAAUUCUAAUGAAUCAGUAUAAGAUAAAAAAUAUGAAUAUUAAUAAUGAUACAGGGUGAAGAAGGACUGGACUCUUUUGCCAAAGUGUUGUAAGAUAACAAAAAAGCAACCACGUGUUUUGAAAUGAUUACUUAAAAACAAGUGUGUGUUUCAUCAUUUCUUUGUUUUUUGUAAUAUCACACACUUCAUAGCCAAGAUGGUGUUAUGACAAAAAAACGCCUCUCAGCUGAAAAAAAAGGACAAAAAUAUAAAAAACAAACAAAAAAAAAGUAUUAAAAAAGUUAAUAAAUAAAUAAUAAAUACCAGGGUUUCCGCGUUUCCUCCAAUUUGUGAAAAACUCGGACAUUUCACCAAAGAUAUACACUGGAUUUUUUGUAUAAUGUCCAUGUAUAGUAUUAAUGCUAGAGCCUUCAAGAGUUGCUGCACUGAACAGUCAAAGAAAAAGAAAAGUCGCAACUAUAUUUAGCAGUGCCUGUAUUGAAUCAUAUGAAACGCUCGCUCGCAGAAUGAAGGCAGGUAAAGACGCAUUUAGUAUUAAACAGUGGUGAAUUGUAGUUGCUUAAUGCCCUUCACUGGUUUUAAAAACAGUGAGCGGUUAAAAACAAUCAAUGGCGUAGUUUGUAAGCGUAGGCUUAAUUGUGACAAAGCUUUAAACAAAAAUAACAGAAAAGGUUUUAAAAUGCAGUAAAUGUUUUGUGAUAAAAGUGUCAACCAAAUCCUUAUAUUUCUUGUGAAAAUAGUAAGAACAAAAGUAACCAACAAAAAUUGUAUCUAUUAGGCAACUUGACUGCAAAUAAGAAAUGUUCUGGAUUAGAAAUUUGAAGACAUGAAAAGUGGGUUCUGUCAAGAUAGACUGGUUGUAGUAUAUCAAGGUCUGUCUGGUUCCAGACUCUCUAGAAUAGACCUGUAUCAUGGCGUACCGUCCUUGUUUAUCUACCAUUAAAACCAUGUAACCCAUACUGAGGCUGGAAGGACAAAUUAGUCUGGUGCCUUCUUUGUCUAACAUGGGUAUUGAUGUUGAAUUGUUUGGAUACUAGGCAAGCAGCAAGAUACAGGUUUGUUAUGAUUGAACGAAGCACAAUUAAUAAAAACGCAGCUACUUUUCCCCUUUGGCAACCAAAACAAAUUAUGUGCUGGUCACAAGCUCAAGUGGAUGUUCACCAUCCCCAGCUUUUUUGGUCAUUUAUGCUACCGCGCUAAGAUUUCAGAAAUGCUGCUGUGCUUGUAUGCUUUAUAAAUGGAUGAGGUUUCAGCCCAGAUGGGUUUGAGUUUUAGUGAUUCACACAAAAAGCUUGGUUCGACACUGAAAGAAAACAACCUACCCCAAAUUCUGGAAAAUCAAUUAAAAAAGGAAUCAUGUUCAUGAUCUAACACAAACUUGCUGAGUAAUGAGGAAUGUGUGUAAAUACAUGGAAAGUGGAAGUAGAUUCUCUUCAGUGGGCUACCGACCCCAAAUAUUAAAAUGGUGAAUCGUACAAGAGUACAAGACAAGCCCCCAACAGGAAACGGGGUUUCUAAUUAGCAUCAGAAAAAGAAAGAAAACAAUUUAGAUGAGGAAAUUGAGUAUAACAAUUGUGAAUAAUUAUUUCUAAAAUUGUGCAUGUGAUUUUGUGGCUUUUUAUGAACAUUUAAAAAUGUCUGAACAACUCUUAGCAAUCAGUAGAAAAUUAGUAAAAUUACGCAAAGAACCAUUUCACAAGAUUGUACAUAACUUAAAUUCACCAUCAAGAUGGUACUGUUAAUUCACCUAAAUUUCAAUUUUAUUAUUUUAAAAUUCACAAUUUUGUUUUCCGUACGAGUGGUUGUUUUUUCCUUUGAUUGUUCAUACUUAAACUUUCAACAUGGACAAAUUUGAAAAUAAAAUUGGGAAAAAGGGCGUUAAACGUAACAUUCAAAUGAAUGUAAAAUAUAUUAAAAUAACAAUGUAAAGUUUCUGUGUCAAACACUUGGACUAAGGUGAGACCAUCUAUGCUUUGAUAGCACACAACAUUUUGAAACAAAGUUUGUUUUCCUUCUGAGUUGAACAAAUCUUGCCUGGUUAAUAUUUUUAGGAACUUGAAAGGAAUGGAUUAAAUUAAAUGUCAUUGUUUGGAAAGAUAUCAAAGACAAGGAAGUUAGUACAGCCUGAAAGCUAGCACUAUCUAGAUCAAUAUUUCAAAGAUUUUUAUCCGAGGACUAGCUUGUGAAAUGGUUCUAAAACUAGAGCUUUUUUUGUGUUUGUUUGUUUUGUUUUUUUGUUUUUUUUCUCAUGACAAGUCAUGAUUUCUAUAACGAUUCUAUACAGUAGAUGUGUACAUUACUUAUUGAAGUACUAUACCAACUGUCAAAAGCAUAAUAACUGAAAUGAUCAGUUUUCUGAAAUAUGAAGAUUUUUUGUCCAUAGAUGCAGUCUAUUUUGAAGUAACAUUCUUAAUAUUGUAAGUUUAUAUUCUUUUUAGAAAAACAACAUUUUUUGAAUUAAAUGUGUAAAUUAUUUUUUUCCGGUUUACUUCCAUUUGAUGAUUUUUUUUCCAGCUUUAUGAUGAUGUGGUUUUAUCGAGUCUCUGUGUAUUGAUCGAGGCUUAUUUUUACAGGUUUUUAUUUUAACUCUAGGUUCGAUUUUGUUUUGAUUUUUUAGACAAUUUUAAUUUUGAAUUUUGUUUUGUUUGUUGGUAGUCAUAAAAUGUAUAAGUUUUGAUGUUUUAAAAUAGAAGAUUGUCACUAAACAAUGGUAGAACAACAAAUUUAGUGUUUCUGUAUUUAGGCACAAAUCGCCGUGUGGUAUUUUCAGAUGCAUUUCUUGAAGAAAUUCUAUUUUCUCGUCGAAGAAGAAAACCAACUGAUAAUAAAAAAUCUAAAAAAUAAGAAGUUUGGGAGCUUCUGUUUGAUAUUGAUGUUAAACAUCUGGGAAAUUCAUACAGAUAUGCAGAUUUGUCUGUUUGUUGUGGUUGACUUUUGGGAUACAAUUUCUGGUGGAUUAUUUGAAAAAUGUGACUGAAAAUACCACACAAAGUGUUAAAGUAGUGAUUAGAUAAAUAGUGACGUAGACAAACACUUCACUUGAGUACACUAUACGCAGAUUGAGUACAAACAAAUAUUCAUUGUAUAAACAGAUUUAAAAUUUGUAUGGAAAAGGUUCUUUUUGUUUUGUAAAGGGAUUGGGACAUUUUCUCGUUUGUUGGUCAUUUUGAAUUGUUAGUUAAGAGAGUUGAACCUGGUCACAUUAACAAGGGUUUAGUUUCAUGCUGCGGUUUUCUAAUCAAAAAUUGGAUUUAUUAGGACCCCCUACUUGGUUAUUAUCAAGUUUAAACUGACGUAACUUAUAUAGGGACAGUCGCCCAAGUUUGGGCGCGACUGUGUUUUACUGAAAGAAAUUAUUAUAUCUUGCCCCAACCCCUUCCCCAGUGUGUGAAAUAGCAUUGUGGGACACUUUGUGGGAAAUCUCAGCAUUGAAGGAAUGUGUUCCCUACCCCCAUAUGAUGAUAGUACCAAAUGACAUAUGCAAUAAUUCAUGCUAGAGCAGUUCACCAACUGUAAGAUUCAAAAUCAUAGCAGUAUUCUUUUAAAGUUGUUAACCAAAAAUCUAAUGCUUACAUCCAAUGCAUUACUAUUGCUGGUGGAUGGCCAUGGCGCCCAAAAAAAAACUUUAAAAAAAAAACAGCGUUCAAUGCUAACAUUAUGCGCCUUCGAUACAAUGAAUUCAAAGCAUGCUUACUGGUUGGUUAGGCUUUUAACCUGUAACAAACAAUUUGUUAAAUUCGAGGGAGCGUUUUCAAAUGUGUGCUGUGAUUGACUUAAGCUUUGGGGAAAGGGCCUUUCUGGAGCCAAUCCAAAUUAAGCUCUCAUAAUAAACAGUCCUAAUGUUUAUAGUGCCUGCCAUGUUGUAAGCAACUCUCUACAGCACACAUUGGAUUGAAUUCUCCUUUGGAUUAGUUGAAACAGUACUAUGUCUGUAAGAAAUAGCCUCAAUGGAAACCCCUCAAUGGUCUCAGCUGAAACAGAUGAAGAAGGAAAACUCCACUUUACAAGACAUUGUUUAAGUAGUGUUAGUAGAUACAUGUAGUACAUCUCCCACUUAUCUGCCAAAGUAGACUUGUUCUUUUAGUCGAGUAAAAAGAUUGAUUUUUUGGUUGGGCCAAGAAUGAAUUGAAGCUACAGGAACAACACAUGACUGCAGACAUCAAUUAAAGAUACGUCAACAAAAACUUGUGCAUAAAAUGCCUUAGUAGGGACAAGUGAGAUGAACAAGAUGAAUUAUGGAAGUUGGAGUUGUGCCGAUGAAAAUGGAACCUUGAAAAACCUGAGUGACAACUCAUUCUUGAUCUACCAGACGUCCUUCUUUACAUUAAAAAAUAAAUAAAGCGCUUACUUAUGAUUUAAUUGAAGCAAUGCUUAAAAAAAACAAAAAGUAAAAAUAAUGAAAAAAAAAAUGUACAAAUUAGUGUAAUGAAAACAAGAAUUAUAUAUUAUAACAAAUGUUUAAAGGAAUGGAAUGGAAUGAACUUGCUACAGGAGACGUUAAACGUUUUCUCGCUAUGCUGCGUGCAUGUCAUUAGCUGGAAAGGUGGUGCUUUAUACUUUAAAUAAUAAAUCCACAGUGAAUGUUUGCCAAUAAACAAAAAAAAAGUUACUAAGAAACGCGCUUUGUCUUUGUUCGUCUACUGCUGUGGCAAUUAAAAAACAGUGCCACAAUAAAGACACCCAAUAAAUAUUGGAGUAUGGAAACUUGAA